AUGCCUAUCACAGGUGUCUACUUCAUCCCUUCAAACCCAAAUGCCUCAACAGCCCUCCAAUUAGUAACAGAGCGCCUCCGCGCCGCCUUCCCAAAUGAAGAACUAACUCCAAUCGGCCGCUGGGGUCUGGAACAAAAGCUCCUCCGCGACACUCCAGGCCUGCUCCCCGCCUCCUCAAACUCAAACAAGAAACCCCUAAACCCCCGUUACAUGCAAUUCCUCUCAUUAACCCACUACCCAACGCACGGCUUCAUCUACACCUCAGAGGCUGAGAAACCAGCCCCAGCACCAAGCCAAAACCAACCCCAAAAUACAACAGGCGCACCUGGUCCCGUAAAUGGCAUCGCGCCGGACCACUCCCCUUCCCCGCCAAUGGUCAUGACAACUGUUCCCCCUUCGUCAUACGGAACUCUCUUCCAGCAUUUCACCUACGCUUGUCAACCCUUCUGGGCCCACCGGCUCACGCUAGCUGUCCCAAACGGGAUCGUCUAUGAGGUUGGUGACUUCCGUGUGCGUCUUGGUGACGUGCGGCAGACGUUCCCGACAGCGCGGGUGCGUGGAACGGUCAUUGAGAUUGAAUGGCGCGGUCCGUCAGUUGUGGAGGCGAUUCCUGUGGACCGGGAGGAUGGUUCAUUUGGUGCUGGUGUUGGAGCUGGCGUUGGUGCUGGCGUUGGUGCUGGCGGUGAUGAUGAUGUGGAUAUUGGGGCUGCGGGUAUCGACCUCGCUAGCUCUGCGAUUGAGGAGUCGGAUAUCGAUGCGGAAUAUGCGGCGACUGCAUCACUGAUUCGAGAGUUUUGGGGGAGAUUGGGUGUUGAGGCUCGGGAGGCGAUUCUGAUUCCGAAUGUUGGGAGGGAGGUCAAGGAUCGAUUGAGGAGGUGGAAGGAGGCUGGGUCUGGGCUUGAUGCUAGGGUUGAUACUAAUGUUGAUGAGGUUGGCUCUGUGGUUGGUGAGCGUGCUGAGGAUGAUCCUGAUCCGUGGUCUGGGGCAGAUGUUGCGAGGCAGUUUAUGGAGGUUUUGAGGUUUAAUCGAUAG